GGUCCAAGCCCAAGCCAAGGGAAUCACAAACUUGGCGGCGGCUGUUAGACCCGAGGAUGUCGCCCAAUCGCUCACCGCAUUGAUCGCCUUCUCCUGAGUGCCCAGGUGUUUUGUCUACGACUUCACUCCACCGAGACACACGAAGGGAUCCUUGACAGCACCGUGGGCACCUCUUUGCCAUGAACGCCCUGUAUGAUGCACAGCUGCUACGUCCGCCAAGGAUUUCACGGACCGGCUCUUGUCAUCAUGGAUGCCGCAAAUGCAUCAGACCAAGCGCAGGUGGCUGUUCCUGCACCUGGCUUAUCAUUCCACAUUUAGCAACGCAGGGCUUCACCAAGCAAACCUUGAAAGAGAUCUGCAUCGAGGCGGCUUACAUACACACAUGCACACACACAUACAUACACCGGAGUUCAACGACGCCCUCAACUGCAUAUGAAGUGGAUCUGAGGGUCGACGUUCUCAGCUUAACUCCGCCGAACUUGGCGUGGUCGUACAUCGCCCAGACACCAAGAUGGGAUAUAGUGAUGACUUUUCCCUGCUGUGCCACUGGAUCCCCAACUCCGACCACCAACACUAGCGUCGGUCUGACUUCUGUAAGCUGCGCCACCAAAGCUAAAAUACCAAUCUUAAUGCGUUCGGGAUGCUUAGUAGAUCUGACAGCAGAUGUCUGGGCACUGCGCGGCGUGUUGCAUGGCAGGUAGCGAACACGGCCAUUGGUCGGUUGGAUCUUCACGCCGUAAGAAUCUUACAAAUCCAAUCGUUACUAUGAGACAUCGGUGUUUCGAAGCACAUAUAAGA